UUCAAACAAACAAAACCCAAAAACUCAUCUUCUCUCGCAAGCUUCACCCUCCCCUAAUUUCAAAAAAUUUCAAACCUGAUUUACCCAAACACACCCACCACCAUCUCCCCAACACCGUACAUAACACAAUCCUAAUCAAGCCCAUUAUCGUCACUUCACAAAAAAAAAAAAACCCACCAAAUUCCCCUAAAUCCAGUUCAUUCCCCCGCAAGCUUCUUUCCCCCAAAAUUUCCAAUUUCCCUCCCCUCAAUUCAAAUCCCCCCAAAUCUCCCCUAUAAAAAUCCCCUCAAUUCCUCCUCCUCAAUCCAAACCCAGUUCAAUUCCAGACCCUAAUCCCUCAAAUCCCUCUGCAAUUCGCACCAAAUCCAUUCGAAAAUGCCUUCAAUCCCACAGGAGCCCCUCCUGACCCCAAACCCAGAUCGCUUCUGCAUGUUCCCAAUCAAGUACCCACAAAUAUGGGAGAUGUACAAGAAGGCCGAGGCCUCCUUCUGGACGGCCGAGGAAGUCGACCUCUCUGACGACAUCCGCCACUGGGACGAAGCCCUCACCGCCGACGAGAAGCACUUCAUCACCCACGUCCUCGCCUUCUUCGCCGCCUCCGACGGGAUCGUCCUGGAGAACCUCGCCGGCCGCUUCAUGAAGGAGGUCCAGGUCGCCGAGGCCCGCGCCUUCUACGGCUUCCAGAUCGCCAUCGAGAACAUCCAUUCCGAAAUGUACUCUCUGCUGCUCGAAUCUUACAUCAAGGAUUCCAACGAGAAGGACCGGCUCUUCCACGCGAUCGAGACGAUCCCCUGCGUGGAGAAGAAGGCCAACUGGGCCCUCAAGUGGAUCGACGGCGGCGAGUCCUUUGCCGAGCGAAUAGUCGCCUUUGCCUGCGUCGAGGGGAUCUUCUUCUCCGGAAGCUUCUGCGCGAUAUUCUGGCUCAAGAAGCGCGGGCUGAUGCCCGGGCUGACUUUCUCCAACGAACUGAUAUCGCGGGACGAGGGCUUGCACUGCGAUUUCGCUUGCCUGCUGUACGAGUUGCUGAACAACAAGCUGAGCGAGGAGCGGGUGAGGGGGAUCGUGGCGGACGCGGUGGAGAUUGAGCGGGAGUUCGUGUGCGACGCGCUGCCGUGCGCGCUGGUGGGGAUGAACGGGGACUUGAUGAGCGAGUACAUCGAGUUCGUGGCGGAUCGGCUGCUGGCCGCGCUCGGGUAUGGGAAGAUGUACGACGCGAAGAACCCGUUCGAUUGGAUGGAGCUGAUUAGUUUGCAGGGGAAGACGAAUUUCUUUGAGAAGAGGGUUGGGGAGUACCAGAAGGCUUCGGUUAUGAACAGCUUGAAUGGGAAUGGUGGUGGGAUUCAUGUGUUUAAGCUUGAUGAGGAUUUCUAAAUCCUCCUCUUUGUUCUACUAAUCCUGUUCUUUUUGUUUUUCUUUCUUUCAAAUUUAGGGUUUUUUUAUGUGUGUAAUUCAUGUUGUUUGAUGAGGGGUUUACUUUCAUGUGGUAUAAUGGUAAUGGAAAAGAAAAUUUUUAGGAUUCA